GCUCAAGCCUUCAUCUCCAUCUCUCUCAACUACACAUUAGCAUUUCACAUUUUUAGUUAGCUAUCUUUUCUCAACUCUCAAUGGAGUUUUCUCUAAUUUCUCUAGUAAUUCUCUCCAUUUUCGUUCACGGUACUUAUGGCGAUUAUGGAGGAUGGAGUACCGCUCACGCCACUUUCUAUGGCGGCGGGGAUGCAUCGGGCACAAUGGGUGGCGCAUGUGGCUAUGGCAAUUUGUACAGCCAGGGAUAUGGUACAAAUACCGCAGCCCUGAGUACAGCCCUGUUUAACAACGGUCUCAGUUGCGGCGCGUGCUACGAGCUGACGUGCGCCGGCGAUCCCAAGUGGUGUCUCUCGGGUAUCAUCACCGUCACCGCCACCAACUUCUGCCCGCCAAACCCGGCCCUACCCAGCGACGACGGCGGGUGGUGCAACCCGCCACGUCAGCACUUCGACUUGGCCCAGCCGGCUUUCCUGCAGAUCGCCCAGUACCGAGCUGGCAUUGUCCCGGUUUCUUUCCGAAGGGUGCCCUGCAGAAAGAAGGGUGGGGUGAGGUUCACGAUCAACGGGCACUCGUUUUUCAACUUGGUGCUCGUGACUAAUGUAGGCGGCUCAGGGGACGUGCAGUCGGUUUCGGUUAAAGGGUCGAAGACAGGCUGGCAAGCAAUGUCGAGGAAUUGGGGACAAAAUUGGCAGAGCAACUCGAACCUCAACGGGCAGGCGCUAUCGUUUCAAAUCACGACUGGCGACGGGCGGAUACUCACGAGCUACGACGUGGCGCCAGCUGGGUGGCAGUUCGGACAAACGUUCCAAGGGGGCCAAUUUUAGUUUUUGCCUAAUUUAUGAUAUAUAAGCAAAAAAAAAAAAAGUGUGGUUGAUGAAGGUUGAUACUUUUUUUAUUGACCUAAUUAUGAAAAAAUUGAAAUUCGCCUACGGCGUAAAAGGGUGAGGUGCCGGAAAAUUGUUGCCGGAAAAAAAUGGAUGGAGCGUGUGGUGGUUCUUGAGCAGUGGUGGCAGGUUAGCGCCCGCUUAGGCCUUAUGAUUAAUGUGUGUUAUUAUGAAUGUGUUUAGUUAUAGGAAUUACUUUCUUUUUUAGUUUUUUGUAUUUUUUUUUUUAAUUUGAGAGAUGUUAAGAUGGUGCUGUGUAUGAGUUUGUACUUUGUAAUAUAUUUUCCUCAACUCGGUACAAAUAUGAAGAAUACUGAGGUUGGGGAUGGUUAAUUAAUGUUGUUGAAUAUCAAUUUUACGUGGCAUUAAUUUUGAUGUGUUUUGUGCUGCUUUUAUUACCACAUUUGUAACACCCCGCUAACUUACUAGUAUCAGAGUAAAAUUUUUGCAACUUAUUUUGAAAAUACAUAUAAAUUUUUCGAAAUCAU